AUGGGUGUCGCAGAUUUGAUCAAGAAAUUCGAAAGCAUCUCAAAGGAAGAAGGCGAUGCUACCGUUGAUACAAACAGUUCAUCAAAGCCUCUCAAAUCAAACGAUGAAACCAAAGAAUUGCAUCAACAAGAGUCUACUGCUGUUCCGCAAGAGGUUGACGUAAAUGAAGAGUUUGAGAAUGAACCAGAAACAAUUAACAGUAGUAGAACUGCUGAGAAACCAUUGGAAACAAACCUCCCAAAACCUGAAACUAACGAAGAAGACGAAGAAGAGGGCUCCAUGAGCGAGAAUAAAAUAUAUUCUAAAGGUGAAAAUGCUGACAUCAACGUUAAUGAUUUUCAAGAAUAUAAAGAAAUGGAAAAUACUGGCGCUGAAGUUCUUGCAAGUAGUGUUGAAGAAUCCGAUGCUAUUCAAGAAGGUGUGGCUGAGGAAACUGAAGGGAUUGCUACUCCUAAACAAAAAGAAAACGAAAAAAAUGAUGAAUCAGAAGAAGAAUCUGCAAAUAAUGCAUCUGAACCAGCCGAAGAAUAUUCUCAAUCUGAAGAAGAUGCUGACAUCGAGCAAUCUAAUGGCAAAGAAACUGAAAAUGCCGAAAACGCUUCUCAACAAGCUAAUGAUGGCUCUACAAGUACCACGACUUCUAAGAAUAAGAAGAAAAAAAACAAAAAAAAAAACAAGAAGAAGAGAAAUGGAAAUGUUAACACCAACGCUAAUGUCGACGACAGCACCAAAACCGGUGAAAAUGAUGAUACAACCGGCGACACCACGUCAUCAACAACCUCCGCCAUUCAAGAAGUGAAUGAUUUGGAAGUUGUUGAUGACUCUUGUCUUAGGCAUUGAUCAACAGCAUAAUAGGGAGCAUUUGAAAGCGUUAACUCAGGACGUUAAAGAAGAGACGUUAGAGAAUAUUGCGCACGAGGGCAGAGGUGAUAACACAGGCGAUCAGAAUGCAGUAGAAAAAUCUGAUUUCGAAAAAUCAGAUACAGAAGGUUCAAGAAUAGGCCGCGACUUACCCUUUGAAUUUGGAAAACGUAACUUGACCGAGGAAUCUGACGUUUGGGAUCAUAACGCUUGGGAUAAUGUUGAGUGGGGUGAAGAACAAGUCCAGCAGGCGGAGGAAAAAAUCAAAGAGCAGUUUAAGCAUCCUGUACCUGAGUUUGACAAAAAACUAUACAAUGAAAAUCCGGCACGUUAUUGGGACAUUUUUUAUAAAAACAACAAGGAAAACUUUUUCAAGGACAGAAAGUGGUUACAAAUUGAAUUUCCAAUCUUAUACGCAUCUACCAGAAAAGACGCAGAACCCGUUACAAUAUUUGAAAUUGGCUGUGGGGCAGGUAACACUUUUUUCCCGAUCUUGAAAGAUAAUGAGAACGAAAACUUGAGGAUAAUAGCCGCAGAUUUUGCUCCAAGAGCCGUCGAAUUAGUUAAAAAUUCUGAACAGUUCAACCCCAAGUACGGCCACGCAACAGUAUGGGAUUUGGCCAAUCCUGACGGUAAUUUACCUGAUGGCGUCGAACCUCAUUCUGUGGAUAUUGCAGUAAUGAUCUUCGUUUUUAGUGCUUUAGCACCAAACCAAUGGGAUCAAGCCAUGGAUAACCUUCACAAAAUUUUGAAACCAGGCGGUAAGAUCAUAUUUCGUGAUUACGGUGCAUAUGAUUUAACUCAAGUUAGAUUCAAAAAGAACAGAAUCCUAGAAGAGAACUUCUACGUUAGAGGUGAUGGUACAAGAGUUUAUUUUUUCUCUGAAGAAAAACUAAGAGAAAUUUUCACGAAAAAGUACUUCUUGGAAAAUAAAAUUGGAACUGAUAGAAGGUUGUUGGUUAACAGAAAAAGGCAACUAAAAAUGUACCGCUGCUGGGUACAAGCUGUGUUUGACGUUCCUCAAUAG